AUUUUCAGUUUACGAUUUGCACCGGGGCGAGACACCGGUCGGUGCAGGGGUCUCGUCAUUCAAAAUAUUCAUAAAUAUAUAUCGAUUUUUUAAUUAUUCAAAUUAUCCUAAUAUUAUCAUUCAUAUUUGGCAAAUUAUUUCGACGGGUGAUUGAUUUUGAACGGUGAAAAAAGUGAAUUUUUAUUUUUUAGUGUUGAAAAUUUUGUCGAAAUUUUAUAUUUGUUUAUAAAUUUUUAUCAAUUUUAAUUAACAAACUUUUAAUUGAUCUGUGGACACAUACAAUUUUGUUUAUUCUCCGAUGAAUACCAGCAGUGGUAUUGCAGCAAGCGAGAUGUCGAAUAUUUACAAUAAUUCAAUUGUUGCAUUUUGGCAGCAUGUAUUUCAUGAUGUAGCUGAUCCAAGAACGAAAGAGUGGUUUCUAAUGUCAUCACCAGUACCAGGUGCUAGUAUUAUGUUUGGAUAUUUGUAUUUCGUACUAUCAUGGGGUCCAAGACAUAUGGAGCAUCGUAAACCAUACAAACUCAAUAACACACUUAUUAUUUAUAAUUUUAUUCAAGUCUUAUUGAGUAUCUGGUUAUUUUGGGAGGGCCUGGAUGCAGCAUGGCUGAGAAAAUACAGCUGGAAAUGUGAACCAGUUGAUCAAUCAAACAGCCCAGAAGCACUAAGGAUUGCAAGAUGUGUGUAUAUAUAUUUUUUGGCUAAAAUAUCGGAAUUACUUGAUACUGUUUUUUUUGUUUUACGAAAAAAAGAAAAACAAGUUACAUUUCUUCAUAUGUAUCAUCAUACUGUUAUGCCGUUGAUAUCUUGGGGUGCUACAAAAUAUUAUCCUGGUGGACAUGGUACCUUUAUUGGUGUAAUCAACAGCUUUGUUCAUAUUGUUAUGUACACUUAUUAUUUACUUGCUGCUGCUUUACCACAGUAUCAAAAAUAUCUUUGGUGGAAAAAAUAUAUAACUACACUUCAAAUGGUACAAUUUUGUCUUGUAUCUAUUCACAGCUUUCAACUUCUUAUUUACGAUUGUGAAUAUCCAAGAUGGUCACUCAUAUUAAUUCUUCCAAAUGUCAUGUUUUUUUACUUUUUAUUUUCUGAUUUUUAUAAAAGAUCAUACGUCGCUAAUGAUAGUAAUAAAAAGCAAAUUAAAAUAGAUAACAGUGUUGAAAAUAUCACGGAAAAUGGCACGAAAAAAUUGACAAAUAAUUAUCAAAAUGAUAAAAAUAAACAAGCGUAAUUAAUUAUAAUUAAUAUUAAAAAUAUUGAAAAAAAAAAAAAAAACUAAAUUAAAUUUAUAAAUAAAUAAAAAUUAAUAUAUUUUACAAUUUUUUAUUUCUGGUAAAUACCGAAUCAAUUGGUGAUUUUACAAUAACAAAAUAAAUUUUUUUACAAUAUUUCAGGGCUUGAAAAAAAACCUGUGCCAAUUUUUUAAAUGAUUAAUUUUAAUUUUUACAUAAAAAAAAAAGCUUCACGUAAUAAAAUUUGCUCAAAUCUACGAUAUUUUAAAAAAAGCUAUUUUCAAUAUUUAUAUGAAAUAAAUAAUAGAUUUUUAAUAAUAAAUUGUACUAUUUUUAAAUGAAAAGGAAAAAAUUUUUUUUUCUUGUAGAUAUAUUAUUAUUUAAUAAUUUGCUCAUUGAUAAAUUUUAUUUAAUUAUAAAUUCUCAUAAGACAAAAAAAAAAAAAAUAGCUUUCAAUAAUAAAAUGAUUCAAUUUCUUUUUAUAAUUUUAUUUUUCAAUUCAUUUGACUGCUUUGUAACAAUUUUUUAAAAAUAAUUGCACUGUACAUUUAGUAUGUAAAAAGCCCAAAGAACAUGGCUUUAAUACAUAAACAAUUAAUUUUAACUAUUAAUUUCAUUCAAUAUAUAAAAAUACACAACUCGAGUCAAAAAAAAAUAAUGAAAAUUACAUUUGGAUUACGAAAAAAAAUAAAACAAUUAUCUAUCUAAAAAAAAAACACUAAAUAAACACUAACAAAACACCAAUUUGAUGAAAAAAAAAAAAAAUCAAUUUAUAUAAUAAUUUAUAGAUUUGUUAUUAUUAAUUUUUAAUAUACAUAAUUUUAUUUUAUCAACGUGUAUAAUAAAAAAAAAAAAAAAAAAUAAUUGUAAUUAUUUUGAGCACGAUAUUCAAUUACACUAUUAUGAUUUUUUUUUGUACAAUAUUACUAAUUAUAUACAAAAUAAAACAAGAUAAAAAUAAUUUGGUUUUGUUAUUUAAAAAUAACCAAGUAUUUAAACAAUUUUAAUAAUAAAUAUAAUUUUUUUUUUUUUCAUUUGUUUAAUUAUCAAAUUAAACAACACGUAUGAGCAAUAUAUAAUUUGUAUAAUUUUUAUAUUUUGAUUAGAAAAUAAAUGCUCUAAAUAUAUCUAAAUUUUUUUUUUUUUUUUUUUUUUUUUUUCUCAAGCUACACCCAAAAUUGUUGUAAAAAAAAAAAAAAAAAAUAAUAAAUAAAUUUUUUUAAAAUAGUUCUAUACGUUGAAUAACAAUUUCAUUAUUAUUUAUUUUUUUUCUUUAUAUAUGCUUAACCACUGUGUACGUAUGAAAAAAAAAAAAAUAAAAAAUAAUUUUUUUAUUUUCAUAUUUAUUCGUUAAUUAUUUGUGUAUUGUAUUAUUUUAAAUUUUUUUAUUUUUCUAUUUUUCCGACAAUUAACAGUUAAUUUUCUUGGCAAUUAAAUAGCGAUGAUAAAUGUAUGUAUUAUCAGAAUACGAUAUAAAUUGUCGUCACAGCUUGUCAAGGUAUAUUUGUUGUUGAACAUUAUUAUCA